CCGCACAACGCGUUUCUGGACGAGAAAAAUGCCCAGCCGAACCUCCAAAAAACCCUCUGGAUCCAGGACAGCCGUGAGCCGUACAGGAAACCGAAAUGGCGAAAGAGAAGACGCAAGGCCCGAAUUAGAAAGUCUAUGCAGCCAUUUCUAAGACCCGCUGGCCGCUGUAUCCUAGAUAAAGAACCACGCGAAUCCGGUUUGGCGAUAUUCCUGUUAUUUCGCCGGAAAGUACCUAAUCUCCUUGGACUUUGCUGAAUGAAACGCUGAUUUUAGCUAGCUUGGUCGCCUUUACGGCCUGCGUCCGGCUUUCUCAAUGACCAGCUCAGACUUUACGCCGUUUGACAGCGGUUCAUUGAUUCACAUUGAUUGAGCUUCCCCCAUCACAGUCCACAGGCUGAGGCCCAGACCAGCCUAUUUCUUCGGAAUCGAGGACGCGUAGAAUCUACCACGCUAGCGGAACGUUCACGGAUGUAGAGUGACAGCGAUGUUUCCGUCGUGCCUAGUUUGGGAUCUCCGCGCACACACCGCAUCUACGAUUGUGUGCUACCGUGGAUAGCAAGUCCGGUCCCUUACGAUAGUAUCGUCCCGCUGCUAGUACUAGUACUGUGCCGCCGCAUGCAAUCUGCAGAUCGGAGCGUCGAAGAAAAUCGGCCACGUUCAUGCAGCACAAACUGCGCGCAUCCAAUAAGUCACAAGCGGAAGUACGGCCUGCCGUGAAUACAGUCCAAAAUGACGUGGGCCAGGGCGUGCAUUUCGUACAGAGUUUUGCUCACUGCACUAGGCAUUCUCUUAGUCAGACAAUGUGAAGCAAACGCCAGAGAAGGUUACUUGCGGCUCUCGUCGGCAAACCAGACUUCAAGCGGUACUGGUGAUCGCUCGGUGGGAGUGGCGGUCGGUCGCCUGGAGGUCUUCCACAACGGCCAGUGGGGAACGGUGUGCGAUGACUUCUUCGACUACAACGACGCCCUGGUGGCCUGCCGUCAGUUGGGAUUCGCAGGCGUCAGACAGAUUCUCACCGCUGCUAGUGACCACCGAUGGAUGGGUUCGGGACCCAUCUGGAUGGACGAUCUGCAAUGCUCUGGCAGCGAGGCUAGUCUACAGCAGUGUAUGUCCACCGCGGAUCAGCAAUGGGGAGAUCAGAACUGCGGGCAUGACGAGGACGUGGGGCUCUCCUGCCAAGCCGCCAUGACACGAGAAGGUGAUGUAAGACUGUUGGGAGGUCGUACAGAGAAUUUCGGUUGCGUUCAAAUCUACCACUCGGGCUCAUGGGGUACCAUAUGCUCAUGGGCGUGGAACCAGGCGUCCGCUACAGUGCUCUGCCGUCAGCUGGGCUACAAUGGUGUGAAGGAUUUCAAAGUCGACAAAGCCAAGGCCAUGCCAAUGUUAGUGGAAAACGUGAGUCUGAUCGACAUGGGACGCGUCUGGGUGGAGCAUGUCGACUGCGUUGGCACUGAGGAGGCGCUACGCUUCUGCACGCUGCGCUACGGACAGGCGCAGUGCUCGCACAGUGAUGAUGUCAUUGUCUGGUGUGACACUGGCACUGCAGAGCAGGGAACAGGGACUCCUGCGUGGGUCAUCAUCACUGCUGCCUGCUGUGGAGGAUUUCUGCUUGUACUAUCACUUGCUGUAGUACAGAGGGCGUGCAGACAGAAGAGGGUAUCGACGGUGGCCACAACUACGGUAGUACGGCGUGCAAACCCAGCCCCGCGUGGACGAGCCUCCCCUCACAGUGUCUCAUCCACAACAGCGCUAACCGAGGAGACUGCCGGGCCGGAUAUGCAGCGAGCGGUUACACCCGAUGUGUUUCUCGGCGAUGAUGGGCAGCAUCUCACAUUCCCCGAGACUGGCUACAGAAACAAGGCUUAUGGCAUGACGUACACGAAGAACGCGGACGGAGACAGUUGUGACGGAAGUAGCAGUAAACGUGACAGUAGCUACUCAAAAGACAGUCAACCAAGCGAUACAACCAGUGCCGAGAGCCAGACGAGUAGCUCAGCGCAAUUGGUCUAAAAACAUUCAUCAGACUUUCCAUGCUAACACUAGGGAUCUGCUGAGGAGUUGAAGCAUUGAUACAGUCUUGGUCUAGUCCAUGAAACUUGAGCAGUAUAAUUAUAUUCAGCUAUGAACGAAAGUAAACCCGCGCUCAUGUCAAAGAACAAAGGAGCAAAUGUUUUGUCCCAGAGCGUUUUCUUGUAACAUUCUUCAUUUAACACUAGACAUUUAGAGUUGUUGCGUGGCUUUCGAAAACAUUGAGAUAGGCUCUCAUUUGGAGUGCUAGGGCAAUUUUUAUACCUCUCCUUUUUUUUAGUCUAUGUUGAUGGGGCGACCAACCGAGAGCCCAGCAGAGUAUGCAUCGGUUUGUCAAAUUUAAAAAGCCCUUUACAUUCUUCACUGCUAGCUGCUAUUAAAAUUACUGUGUCCUCGGUGGGUAUUUGGAGAUAUACUGGUAAAUACUGGUACUGGUAAAUACUGGUAUACGCUGUCUCAACAAUGCAUUGCACUCCGAAUAGUAACUCUGCAACCAUGUCAAAAUAACGUGUAUCUGGAGCUGCCGAACAGUUUUGCUCUGCUCCGUGUCUUCGGUAAUGAAUGCACAGUUGAUUCUCUUCAUGCACGUAGCUGACUUAUACGUUGCAUUUACUAGUAUUCGGCAUGGGAUGUAGGCCUGUCAAUCGACUUAGUGAUAAUCAGUGUAAAAUAAAUAGUUAUUGUUUUCAGUACAAGCCGAAUUUGAAGUCGAAGUACAGUUUGAGAAUCAUACCGAAAUAAUUAUUUUGAGUUUAUGUGUGCAUUAUCAUAAAUUAUUUAUAAAACACAUACAUGUAGUCGUGUUCAUGCCUUAUAUGCUAGUAUAACCCAGCCAUGAACAAACGUCACUAUACCUCUGAGUGACUUAAGCUCACCAUGAA